CUCUCAACUUCACCAGACGACAUCGUUCUGGGCUUUUUAGAAACUCCCAGUUAUUUAUGCCUCUCUCUCUCUCUUCCCCAACCCAAAUCUUCUGUCGCCUGCAAAUCCAAAUUGCAUCGCUGAAAUAACGAAAUCUCUCCUCACCCAACUUCCCCUUUACCCUCUUUGUCUAUUUCUAAUUUCUAUUUGCUUCCACUGUCAAUUUUUACUCAAAUUAAUUUCGGAAUUAAAUCAAUUUUCGAGCUAGGGUUCUUUUUCUUUUUUUUUUUUUUUUUUUUUGGAAUAAAACAAGAUUGGUUGCUAAUUCAUAUAUAAAUUUGGGCUGAUUAAUUAAUGGCGUCAAGUUUUGAUCGAUGGGAGAAAGAUCCAUUUUUUCCGGCGGCCGAAGAAGUUCAAGAAUCCGCCGGAAGGAUGGAAUCUACAUAUCGAACAUGGAUCCACGCCAGGAAAGACGCUUCCAGUAUGUGGGAUUCCGAGGAACUUCGCAGGGAUCUUUGUACAACUCUUGGAACUACCAAAUGGCAGUUAGAGGAGUUUACACGAGCAGUCAGGUCAAGUUAUGCAAGAAGCUCAUGUGAAGACGCAAGAGAGAGGCACCGUGCAUUCAUUGUUGCCAUCGAGGAGCAGGUUUCCAAAAUUGAAAAAUCGUUCAAGGAAGCUGCCCUUUCUGAGGGCAAGGCUUCUCAGCCUUGGGUGCGUUUGGAUGAAGGGGAGUGCAAUGAACUUGCAUUUUUUCUUUCUGGACCAUCUGCUUCCGAAGAGACAGUUGUUGCCAAAAAUAACGACAAGGAUGUUGAAAAACCACGAGUCACAGAUGGAGAUACAGCGCCAGGUUGUUCAAAGAACUCAUGUGGUUCGAACGAGUUGGGCUCCCAGAAGACUAGGGAGGAGAAGUCACAUGGGCAUAGGAGGACAGCUAGUGAUAGUGCUGACAUUGGUGCCUGGAAAAUUGCUGUUUUUGACGAUGGAUACGUACCAAGUUCUUCUGCUAUGAUGGUUGAGCAUCCUGUACGAAAGAUUCCUAGUAUGUCUGGGUUUCUUAGUUCCAUGGAAACCGCGUCAAAGUUGAAGUGGUCAAAGAAUGGUUUUAGAAAGUGGAAGGCAGUCGACCGUCAUGAAGACGCUGAUACUGCAUUGUUGCCACCUACUCAGUUGACUAGGGGCAUCAAUGCUUGCUUGGAAAAAAAUAAGAGUUGUUUGGAUAGUUGCGAUGAAUGUUACGAUAAACCAUUGUAUGGCUGGUACGGAGCUAUCCAGAGACAACUUCAACGGUCUCAGUACUAUAUGCAAUAUAGUUGGCCUGCACGCGUAGCACUUUGGAUCGGUGUACUCCUUUUCUUGAUUGUCUUUGUGUUGCGUGCGAUCUGAGCUGUGGCCUUUGUCCACAGUUUUUGGUAGAUCGUGACAGAACGGGGAGAAACUAUCAAUCGAUGGACCUAGAAGUAGGAAAACGCAAUACUAUUUUCACACGUUGUUGAAGUGCCAAGCGAUGAGCACAACCUAAGAGAACCUCAAAGGAUUCCACUUUUGUUUUGAUGUUUUCCUCCUCCAAUUUUGAUUCCUUUGGCGGAGGAAAACUUCUGUUGUAUUAUACAAGCGAUAUCAGCGAAAGUUGUAAGCUGAAAGAUAUGUGCUACUGCAUCUUGUAAUAUAAAUUUUCUUUCCUUUUC